AUGUCGUCUACGUCCCGGCAUGCUUCAACAGUAUCUGCAAUGGUUCGUCCUCGGUCUACACCAGCAGAGGUGUAUCAAAUACUCAAGACCUGCACUGUGGCAGAUGAGCUUGUUGAGGUAUUCGCAACUCAUAAACGGUCCUUUGACAUAAGAUGCCAUGCUGAGUACAUCGACAGACUAGCUAGACUGAGUGGUGAUAAGGUCCCGAAGGGGCUCCAGCAGGAUCAUUGGCAAUGGGUCGAGAGAGCAUUAGGGAAGUUUCAGCAAAGUGGGUUCCUCCAUGCACCCACUAUGAGGGAGGGUUUAGGGAGACUUUGCCAUGCAGUGGCUCGAUGUAGUCCUGAUAACAUCAUAUUACACCAAGUACUCUCCAAAACUCUGGUUGUAGCGCCAUUGCAUGCUAUGAGCCCUCCUGCCCUUACUGCUACUAUGUGGUCCCUAGCCACGUUGCAUGUGGCCCUUCAAGAGCGAUCUCCCUAUAGAGUACCUCUAGCCUUAGUGGCGGAACAUUGUACUACCAAUAUGAAGUUGGUCGAUAAGACAGCGCCUGUGGUGAAGGCAAUGUGGGCGGCUAUUAAAGUAGACGUUGGGGAUCCGAUCAUGCAGCAACUGUAUCGUGUGGGCUUGGCGCAUACGAUGGAUCUGCAUACGACCAGAGGUGUACCUCUCACGUUGAAGGACGUGAUCCUAUUGCUGUGGGGUUCGGCUACUCUAUCCAAGCUUGGACCAGUGUCUGAUGUAGACAAGCUGAUAAUGAUAUCGAGUAAAGUGAUAUGUAGUAUACAUGAGGAUGACUAUGAGAUAGACCCUCAGAACACGACUAUGGCCCUAUGGUCAUUGGCAAACUUCCUACCCGAUAGUAGUGCCGAUGAUCUAGUGAGUAGAGUUAUUAAUGAGUCCCUGCGAAACGCUGAUGCAUCUCGCCUGAGCCCCUUUGAACUAUCGCUGGUCCUGUGGUCCAUGGGUAAGCUGUAUGAGACUUCUAGUGCCCCUCUACGUGACCGAAUAGUUCAAGCAGUGCUUCAUCUACAGCCUAUAGUUAUUAGCCAUCUAACGGUGUUUUCACUGCGGCAAAUAGCCAAUGUACUUUGGGCAUUCGGUGCCACACGAGUUGAUGACUGUCGAGGACUUUUCGAUGGGGCUUCCUCAUUGGAGAUCCUAAGGGUACCUGGUAGGGUAUCAUCGAGCGAAUACAGGCAGUCUAUCGCCAAUAUAGCCUGGGCCUAUGCUACACAUGACUACUCUUCUGAUACAGUGUCAUCCCGAGUACGUGAAUUAUUGUCCUAUUUCACCACUAGUCGGCAGUAUGAUGAGAUGACUAGUCAGCAUGCAGCUACUGUGGCGUGGGCAUUAUGGAGGAUGAGGGGGAUGGAAGCCAAUAGUGUACAUGAUAUGGCCAGGAUUGCUGAUCAACAUGGAGAUGCCUUUGCUAAUAGGCAUCUUAUAACUCUAACACGGGCAGCUGCUGGUGCUAAGUUUUAUCAUCCAUCCCUACUAGAUGCUAUACUACGUCGUCCAGUAUCCUCUUGGACUGCGGAUCAAUGUGGGCAGUUAUUGUGGGUAUUGGCCACAUGGGGUGUUCGAAAUCCACGCAUGCUGGAGUAUGCUAUGCAGUGUGAAGAGAUAGCAAGGGCCUAUACUGCUGAUGGAGGAGCUGAUCUUGGUAUGGAUAAACUGACUACUAUUGAGUGGGCAACAGCUCUACUCGAUCUGCCGUCACCACCAAGAGGCUCUUAUCUGUGGGAUAAAGAGAGGGAGUACAUAGAAGGGCAGGCAGCAGACCUUACAGUUAGUCAAGUUCUACGGCAAAGACUUAGCGACACUCAGUCCUUCAGUGAUAUGGGUCUAACACAGCUGUAUUGGGCAUGGGUAUUACGGUACGACGAGGGAUGUGGUGAUCUGCCCCCUUCCUGGGUAUUGAAGGUUCGCUCUUGGCUAUCUGAUGCAGCCUCGUAUUCUCUACAACCCUCAUCACUACAGAAGACUGUCCAUUCACAUUUACCACAGGGAGAUUGGCGACAAGAGUACCUACUACCACCAUGGGGUAUCUCUAUAGACAUUGCUAGUCCUAGUAGGAAGAUAGCUAUUGAAGUGGAUGGGAAGCUCUUCCAUAGUGUUUAUGAUGUUGCUACUGGACAGACUCUCUCCGACGCAUCUGCUACAGUCAAACAGAGAUUACUCACAAGGCAAGGUUGGCGAGUCCUCCGAGUUAGUGAGCAGGAGUUUAUGGCUGGGGAUAGUGAUCAGAGAGCUCACUUGGCUACUGCAUUGGCGAGGAUGGAGGGUGAUGGCAAGAGUAAUUCAUGACAC